AUGCCUGCUCCUAGACUAUCCUGUUCGUUCAAGCUCGUGCUUCUGGAUGCAUUUCUUCGUCACAUAGCUUGGGCUCUCAUCCACCUCAAGUUCUACGCCUGGACCUCGGUCAAGACUAACAACACAAGAAUAGGAACAGGAAGAAGCAAGGCGGUCCGUAACGUGGGUCCAUAUCCUGCGCAUAAGCUUCUAGGAGCCGCUGCAACAGACAUUUCUUCACCAACACAACCAGAGAAAGUCGCCGAGCUGGCCCAACUCAAGAGCGAGUCUCCACUCUGCCUCUUGCGGGCAGAGUUACCGCCAUCCAUCGUGGGUGUAGAAGACCGUCUCGAGCGGGGGCGCACGCCUCGCUCAUAUGCUAACGGUCCAUACGCGGGAAGACUGGAUGGUCAGUCUGUCGCGUUAGACUUUGCUGCUCUUCUGAAGGCAUCUGGAUCUCAUGAACCUCCUUCCUCGCCGUUUCAUCAGACCCAGCCAGUUCUAGCUCCCACUUAUCAACCAUUUCCUCCCAAGGCCACGCCAGCUCCACCACGGCCUGUUGCGCAUGUGGCGCCACCACCGCAGGUAGCUUCGACACAGAUGUCUGGAAGACGCGGCAUGCACCCCCAUGCUACAGAUCAGCCACCCGUGAAGAAGCAGAGCAAGUGGUCACCGGAGGAAGAUGCCCUUAUCAUCGAGCUUCGAGGACGUAAUAUGAAGUGGGAGGAUAUCUCAAAGCGUCUACCCGGACGGAGUGCCAUCAGCUGCCGCCUACACUAUCAGAACUACCUCGAAAGACGGAGUGAAUGGGACGAAGAGCGCAAGAAUAAACUUGCCAGGCUUUACGAGAGAUUCAAACCAGAAAUGUGGGCAAAAGUUGCAGAAGAGAUGGCAGUGCCCUGGCGAGCAGCAGAAGCCAUGCAUUGGCAGCUUGGUGAGGCAGAUAUGGCUAGACGUGCAGGUGUUAUCCCUUUCUCUCUAGCUGCAGUCAAUGUCGAGGGAAACAACAGUCACAGGAGCUCCCCCUCACGCAGCCACAUUCACUCGCAGCCCCAAGUCAGUAUGCCUCGCGAUCUUGGAGUACCAUCGCCUCGAAUUGUGUACAACAGACCUCCACCAAUGCCUGCCAGCAGCCGCACUAUGGUUCCCCGCCGAGAGUCGAUUCCUCCGCCGCCUCCUUUGUCCAUGGUUCCAGAUCCUGCUGAAGCUCAUUAUGUACCAGGGCCAGGUUUGGCCCCGAUCCAGAACCAGCCACCACCUCGAACAGCUGGUAUGCUUCCUGGAGUCGCUGAACUUACUGGAGGAGUCAGCCCCUAUAGUACACCUGCUGCAGUGCCUAAUAUGGGACCUAUAACCGGGGUAGGUCAGGGCCCUCUGUAUUCGACACUCGCUGGUUACUCGAUGGAAUCGGCCGGGUCCAAACGAAGAGCUUCCCCAGAUGAAUAUCCGCACGAGGCGAACCAGCGGCGGCGAAUUACAUAA